AUGACGCAGGCCAUGACCCACGCUGCAGCCGCUCAACAGCAGGCGCAGGCGCAACUCUUGCGAAAGACCAUUGGCACUGCUCGAACUGGAUCCACAGAAAGCACUGCUUCGCUCUCGCAAACAAACAGCAGUCAGACACACCUUUCCUCAAACACUGACGCCGGAACCACUGGGGUUCACAAACCACCCAGAGGACAUCCCCAGCAACAGCCCUAUCCGCAUCCAGGAAUCCCCGUAUCCAGAAGCAGUGGAAGUACCGGAAACCAGUCACUCUACAAACCUGGAAAACAGCACAUGACUUCUGCAGGCAGCCAAGAGUUCGACCAUGAUCACCAGACAUUUGCCACUGCCACUACUGCCUCGGCUACUAUCUCGUACUCCACGGAUGAAGUGGACCACACCAACUCGGAUGUCAGUGAAGCUGGAAUGGAAGUUGUCAUGGACACGGAUGCCAGCAGUGGAGAUGAACGCAAUCUAGAAGAACAGAUACUCUCACUCUCCAAACAACCAAGGCUCGCAAACAAACCCAAGGAAGAACCAUACAAGAGCCACUCAUUCCCUGCUGGAAAACACACAUUCACCGUCGAUACACGAUACGGAUUCAUCAGGGUCAUUGGUAGUGGGGCUUAUGGAGUCGUCAUUAGUGC